CAUGUAUAUUUGUUUUGGGUGGUCCCGGAAGUGGGAAGGGCACGCAAUGCCCCAGGAUUGUUGAGCAUUUUGGGUUUACCUAUCUCUGUGCUGGUGAUCUUCUUCAAGCGGAAAUUGAAUCUGGAUCUGAAAAUGGGUCUGCUUUAUCACCAUUCUCGUUUAUCUAUGUUGCAUUGACAUGGAUAUUGGAUAUGGAUAUGACACGAGAUGAAUGCAGUAAUGCGGCAAAUUCAAGCAGGGGAUAAGAGAGAAAAAUAAAUAUAUUUAAAUUAAAUUUAAGUCCAUUAUACUAUCUAUCUAUCUAUAUAUAUAUACAUGAAAAUGAUUUAGAUUAUUGCCCAGAAGACGAAGAAGAUUGUCGUAGACUUCUCUUUGUAGAAUUGACUAAUGGUGAUGGUGACAGGUCCGGCAAACUUAGAAAAUGAUCCAACCAAAUUAACUCAUGAAUGGCCAUAGAGUAUUCUUCGUUUCCCCUCUGCAUCCUAUGCCGUGCCAUAUUUUUCAAUAUCUGGAAAUGCAGAUACUUGUUAGAUGUAUCAAACACGUAUAAAUUCUGUAAUGAUCGCCUAUCUGUAUCUGAUAUAUAUCCUAUCUGUAUCCGAUAUAUAUCGGAUACAGCCACAUGGCAAAUUAAGUAUCCGUGCAUCCUGGUUGUUGGUUGUUUCCCCAGCUCGCAAUAACUUGAUAAUAAUGUAUUCUGUCAUAUUUUCGCGUUUCCUUUUUCAGAAAAUAUUUGCUUAUGAAUUAUACUCUUAUCAUCCUUGCAAUUUCUUAUCAUCCUCGCAAUCCGUCAGAAAAAUGAUACAGCAAUACAAAAAGGAAGGUAAGAUUGUCUCCUCUGAGGUAACUAUCAAGCUUCUGUGGAAUGCCAUGCAGAAUAGUGAAAACAGGAAGUUUGUCAUUGAUGGAUUCCCGCGUAAUGAAGAAAACCGUGCUGCCUUUGAGAAUAUUAUCCAACUUGAGCCGGACUUUGUGCUCUUUUUUGAUUGUCCAGAGGAGGAGUUGAUAAAGCGCCUUUUGAAUAGAAACCAGGGGAGAGUUGAUGAUAAUAUCAACACGAUAAUAAAGCGACUUAGAGUUUAUUUUGAUUCCACUUUACCAGUAAUUGAUUACUACAGCUCGAGAGGAAAAGUUUACAAGAUUGAUGCCAACAGAAGUGUCGAAGAAGUUUUUUAUGAAGUCAAAAAUGUCAUCUCCAAAUAUUAUUCUGGAAAACAGGGGGAGAAGAUCUUCACGCAAAUCUGAUCGGUUGCGAAACUACAGACACCUUAUCAACCUUAAUUUCCUUCAGUCAUUUUUACAUUGAGAAUUCGUAGUCAUUUUUACUCUAGAAACUAAGCCUUAUGCACGCUUAAAUUUGGAUUAAA